UAAUAAAAAUUAUAUUUUCAUAUUCAAAUGCUGACGUUAAGAUGGCUGUUAAAAGAGCACAUAAUAUGUCAAUGAACGCAGUCUUCAUCAACACAUCAAGGAGAGAAGAAAUCACCAGAUAGCGAAGAUGCAGGGGAGUCUGUUUCUGUCCAUUCUGAUGGGUCAGUGUUCAUUCUUCACUUGUCACCUCUAUGAGUACCACUUUAUUAAAGAGCCUAUGACCUGGAGUGAUGCCCAGAAGUAUUGUAGAGAGGAGUAUACAGACCUGGCCACAGUGUCUAACAUGUCAGACACGAAAAGACUCUGCAACUCUGCAAGGAAUAAAGACAAAGCCUGGAUUGGGCUGGUCAACCUACCAGGUGCCAACAGGAAGUGGCGCUGGUCUAUGUCAGGGGUGGAGUUCAAUGAAACAGAAGCAAAAGAGAAAUGGGAAGAUGAGAUAUGGAAUGACCAUCCCGAUGAGAACUGUGGGUUUGUGAGGAAGAAUCUCAAAUGGGGAAACAAAUCUUGUAAAGACAAAGGUCCUUUCAUCUGCUACGAUGAGAGCGAUCCAUUCCAUUUUAUAGUAUAUUGGUGGAGUGAGUGGCAAGAAGCCCAAACCUACUGUCGGGACAAACACACAGACCUGGUCAGUGGGCUGAACCAGUUAGAAGAUGAAGAACUGAGAAAAAAGAUAACGUCUGAAUGGAAUGGGAUGUACAUGGGCCUGUUCAGAGACUCCUGGAGUUGGUCCGACAACAGUAGUUUCUCUUUUAGACACUGGGAUCAACACUUCAUACAGUCAGACAAUGGGAAAUGUGCUGUGACCAUGCUGGAUGAAAAAGGCAGAUGGGAGGCUGAAGACUGUGAUGACGAAAAACCCUUCUUCUGCUAUGAAGAUAAAGUGAUCCUGAUCAAUCAGAACAAGACCUGGGUGGACGCCUUAUAUUACUGCAGGGAGCACCACCGGGACCUGGUCUCCAUCACCAACCUGGACCAGCAGAGAUGGGUCCAAGAGAAACCCAAGAAGGCCAACAGUCCCUACGUCUGGCUGGGACUGCGCUACACCUGCACCCUGGAUUUCUGGUUCUGGGUCAGUGACGAGGUGGUCUCCUAUGAGAACUGGGACUCACAGAAGACAAAUGUUGAUUGUGACAUGUCUGGAGCCAUGGACAGAGGAGGAAAACAUACGUGGUUCAAUAAGAAUGACAAUGAGAAGUUUAAUUUCAUCUGUUCUAAGUAA